AUGAAGUAUAAGGACCUAAUAAAAAAAAUAUCAAAAACCAGUGGUGUUGGACAGAAAACGGUGGAACGUACAUUAGCGGAGUAUAAAGCUAAAGGUAUAGUUUCAUCGCCAAAUAAAAUAAAAAUUAGGAAGACAGCGAUGGACAAAACCGAAGAUUUUGACCAAAACGCCAUUAGACAGAAGAAUAGUGCACUUAUUGAACGUAAUGAUAUCGUGUGUUGGCGUCGGAAAUAUUUGGAAUCUAUAAAUUAUUAUAGACUAAGUGGUAGACCAAUAUACUACCUUGACGAAACCUGGGUCAAUGCAGGUGAAACGAGCACAAAGUCAUGGGUCGACACAACAAUAUCUUCGCCUCGGGUCGCAUUCCUUCGAGGGCUAACAACUGGACAAAAAGAACCGUCAGGGAAGAGCAAACGGUUAAUUGUGUUACACAUCGGGUCGUCUGAUGGUUUCGUUCCUGGAGCCCUGCUAUGUUUUGAAUCAAAGAAAAACACGUCGGACUAUCAUGAUGAGAUGAAUGGGGACACGUUUUACGACUGGUUCAUCAAAAUCCUACCAUCUCUAAAAGAAAACGCCGUAAUAGUAAUGGACAAUGCCUCAUACCAUUCUGUAAAAAAAAAUCGAUUUCCAACCAUGGCUUGGAAUAAACAAGAGAUUAAAGAUUGGUUAGAAAAUGAAGGUCAUAUAGCUCAGCCAGAAUUACUUAAAUCCCAACUUUUAGAACUCGUUAACCAGUUUAAACCGCUGAGUGACACAUAUGUGAUUGAUGAAAUAGCGAAAGAAAAUAAUAAAAUAGUCUUACGGUUGCCUCCUUACCACUGUGAGCUUAAUCCUAUCGUGCUCGCGUGGUCUUGGAUAAAACAUUAUGUACGUAUGCACAAUACGACAUUUAAAUUGCAAGAUGUACAUAAUUUAUUAAAAGAUGCUGUGGAACACGUCACGAGCGAAAUGUGGACAAGUUUUAUUGGCCACGUAAUCAAAGAAGAGGACAAAUUUUUGAGAGUUGAUCAUCUGUCUGACGAAGUUUUUGACGCGGAAACAGGAGAACAUACACUAACAAUUACAGGCGACACCACUUCAGAUUCCGACUACGAAAACAUUUAA